AUGGAAAUUCGAGCAGCACUCUUGCCCAACAUGACUGAUGUAGAGAAGAGUGUCAAACAACUGGUCACAGAAGCUAACCUGAGGCUAGUCGGGCUUCUGGCACCUCACCAGGAUGUGAGGGAGUCAACAGCAGGGAGUGCCACUGACAUGGCAUCCGAAAACAUGUUCGAUAUGUACAACGCACCCGAAGCUCCUACGAGCAAGAAGAAAACGAGCAGGCGACAUCAUGGGGAAAGUAUCAAAGCACCUCCGGCCAAGAAUACCCGUACCCCAGACCCUUCAGCAGAGGGACCUUCAAAAAAUGCAACACCAACUCCUUCUCCCCUCGGGCAGCAAACUCCGCUCGCUCCAGUCGGGUCGGCCCCUUCCCCACCAACUCCAUUUGACCAGACUCAGCAAGCUUCCCCUGCUUCCACAGGGGGCGACAUAUCGAGCUAA